AUGUCCCGAUUCUUGGUUCUGCUUCCAUCGCUUUUCCCGCUGUUUAUGGUAUCUGUGGUUCGUGGACGAGAUGAGCCACUUUCGCCUGAAAAGUAUCAAAGUCAGAUUCGGGCAGGGUUUUCCACAAACUGGUUUAAGACAGAGAAACCAAUGGAAAAGUACUCUGAGCAGAACAUCAAAGAUCUUGGAUUCCUUGUAUCACCGCGCUCAUUGAUUCGGUCGCACCCGCCGGUUUUUCGCCGGUUGUUCGCGCUUUUUGACCGGUUUAUUGAGAAUCAGCGAAUUGAUUUUCAAAUAGUGAACGUGAAUAAUCCCAUUUCUCCGAAAGAGUACCAAGCUAAGAUUCGAGCAGGAUUUUCCACAAAUUGGUUCAAAUCGAAGCCGCCACUGAAAAAAUACUCGGAACAGAACAUCAUAGACGUCCAUGAGAAAGGCUUUAGUAACUUAAGGCUUCGAUGCAGGGCAGAUCUGUACUCAUACAACUUCUCCACCGUCGAAUUCAAACGGUUUCUUGGCUCUCUGACGACCGUUGUCGACGAUUGUCUGAAACACGAUGUGAUUCCAAUUAUCUCCUGGAUACACCACCACGCAGAAGCCUACGCUACAGAGAAGGAUCGUGUCGCCUAUGUUGGUUGGUGGACAUCUGUGGCACGCCAGUUAAAGGACAGGGACUACAGACUGAGUUUCAAUCUCUUCACAGAACUUGGAAUUGACACUUGUAAAGAGGAAGGGAAAAGUUGUGACAAAAGUCUUCGCAGGAGAACAGACAAAUACAACGAGUGGACAAAAAAUGUAACAAAAGCGAUUCGAGGUACGGGUGGAAAUAACACAAAGCGAAUACUCAUUCUUGGGUCACCAGGAAAAACUGCCAAGGACUUACCUAAAAUCGAUCCAGAAAUUUACAAAAAUGAUCGAUAUAUGAUGGUUGAAUGGCAUCUUUAUGCUUCAGGGCCAAACAAAGUGAAGGAUUCUCAAAAGUAUUGGAGUGGUGAUGGUAAAUCUGGAGGCCGAGCAAAUGUCAAAGAAGCAAUUAGCUACGCGACGAGUUUUUCGAACAAGACUGGUCUGCUGACCUAUCUUGGUGCUUGGAUGCCUCACGAUAACGCAAACGGAAGCAUAACAGAAACUGAAGCCAUAAAAUUUGCCCGUUUCUUUGUUAAGGAGCUGCGUAAGGAGAACAUACCGUGGUCCCUGAACGUUCUGGACAACUAUUACGAUACCAAGAAAAGCAAAUGGCGGACAGAGACUCAAGUCAUCGAAGGUCAGCAGUUAAAGAUGGCCAAGAUUUUGAACAACAUUCGUAAAGAAAUGCCAAAGGCUAUUUAUUAGUUAACUUUGCAUCGGUACAUUUGAGCUACUUCAUUAAGUAAGCCCAGAUCGUGUCAGCCAUUUUUUUCGUCUGGGUCACAAAAAGUAAUAAGUUAGAGUAAUUUUAGUAGUGUUCUGGGGCAUGUUGCACUCUGUAUGAAAAUUUCAGUCAUGGAUUUAGAGUGAUGCAAACUGCUGAAGAAUCGUAAUAAAUCGUUUUAAAAGGAGUACUGACGCAUUCGUUUUCUGCAUAAAUCAUCAUGUUGGGAGUAUAAUUUCUUGGCGCUUAAAAAUAUAAAAAUUUUAGUCUAAAUUCUCUUUUUUCGGUAUUUGUUGCUUUUAGGGAAGAUACGACUGUUUGCGGAAUUAUUUACAAAUCAUCGAUUAAUUUUAAUAAAUCAACGGAAAAAAUAGACCUUCAA